GGCUGCUGUUUCCUCCCAGCUCCGUCGCCUCCACAGAGAUCCCCUCUCCCAUCAUCCUUAUCCCGGUGCUUCUCACUCUGGCUAUUUUACCCUCCUGGGGACUUUUCACAAUGUUUGGAGACAUUUAUGGUUGUCACAAAUGGGGGGCAGGGUGUUGCUACUAGAAUCAGGAGCCCUGGUGGCGCAAUGGUUAAGUGCGGCUCCGCGGAGAAAAGACUUGGUGAUCUGCUUUCUACUUCAGUAAAGAUUACAGCCUAGGAAACCCGACAGGGCAGUUCUGCUCUAUCAUAUAGGGUCACUAGGUGUCGGAAUAGACUGGAAGGCACACAGCAACCGCUACUGUCAUCUAGUGGGUGAAGACCCGGGAUGCUGCUCAACAUCCUGCAAAGCACAGGACAGCUCCCACCACCCCCAAUGGAACGUGAUUCUCCCCAAAAUGUCUGUAAUACCGAGGUUGGGAAGCCCUGCUCUGGGGCCACAGGAAAGAGCUCUAGGGCCUUAAAAUGUCUGAGUAAACUCUGGAGAUUAUUGAAAAUCAGCAGAGUCACUUAGAGGGCCACUGAAUGACAAGGUGUAUUUAAAGUGGCUGGAGUCACACUAAAAUCUCUAUCCAGCAAAAUGAGUUGAGCAAGUCAAAUGCACGCGGCUUGGAGCUGCUUUCUCUCAUUUUGGGGAGCAGAUGGCUGGACAGGAAUCAGGUGAAUACAGUCACACCCAACGGGCUGGGCCAUUGUUACACGUUAAAUCAUUAAAUACAAACCAAAGGGGCUGGGGCCUCUUCUUCAGUGUUCAAAACCAGCAGCUUAGCAUCUUCAAAACUGUCUCUAUCUCACCCACCCCUCAGUUUCCAUUGUCACAUCUCUUCUCUCACCCUUGGUUGUAAUCUUUAUGCAAAUCGCCAGGCCUUUUCUUCUGCGGCACUGCUGGGUGGGUUCGAACUGCCAACCUUCAGGUUAGUGGUCAAGUGCAAACCACUUGUGCCACUCAGGGACCAAAACAAAUAAACGGGAAUUUUAAAAAUUAAGAGGUUAAAAGAAAAAAUGAGAAAGGAAAUGUAUUUAUAAUAGUCUACAUGGAACAUCUCUGGCUAAGAUUUAUAUGUUCAUAAAAUGUUAAUCUCCCCUUCUCAAGAUCCUUAAUCACAUCUGCGAAGUCCUUUUUGCCAUGUAAGGUACCAUAUCCAUGGGUUCCAGGAAUAAGGACAUGGACCUCUCUGGGUACGGGGGCAUUCUGUCUACCACAGAGACUCAGGAGUCAAAGACACCUGGGAACUGUGGUGAUUGGAAGGUGAAGGUUGAAGGCCUACAGAUGGGAGUGGAGGAAGCUGCAGAAGACCCCUGCGUAGCUCCAACAUUGUACACCUCAGUGUAUGCGAAUGCAGCCUUGCCAAUUGAGAGUGUGGUCCACUGUGGAUGUUUCUGUUGAUCUCAUAGGUAAGAAAUUUUAUCAGUGUAAUUGCAAUCUGCAUUUCUGUUAUUGUGAAUAAGGUUAUUGGUGUUUCUACCAAAGGUGUUGUCCUUCAAAUGGUGGUGGUGGAAACGAGAUUAUACUGCAUUGAGGAGUGAGUGAGACAUGAGGAAAUAAAGCAUAGAAUGAAAUACACUUUCAAAAACUUUGGCUGUGACAAAGGAAAAAGACUGGGCAGUAACUGGAAAGAAAACUGCUCUUAAGAUCAGCCCUAAUUCUGUAUGGGAGGGAACUACACAAGGGAGUGAAAACGAAAAGGCAAGGAUCAUCGGGGGCAACUUUGGAAGCUGGUUACAAUGGAGGGAAAAGAUCCCUGUCUGGAGUGCACUGAGUGGGAAUAAGAAGCAUAGCAUCCUCAUUCUGCCACGGCCCAGUGGUUAGGAAAAUUUACCAUCUGAAUCACAGGAUGGCAGCCAUUGUUUUGUCUCCCACUUGUGCUCAGUCUUCCCUAUACCUAGCCUCUCAUCAGAAAGGAUCGACAGAGGAGGAAGGGUUGGUUAAUGGGUCCCUGACAAGCUGGUUACAGGACCUGGUGACCUUCGAAGAUGUGGCUGUGGAGUUCACCCAAGAGGAGUGGGCAUUGUUGGACCCUUCUCAGAGAAAACUAUACAGAGAUGUGAUGCUGGAAAACAGCAGGAACCUGGCAUCACUUGAUUUGGAGAGUAUACCUAAAGUCAAAGAGCUAACUUCUAAGCAGCGUGUUUUUAGAAAAAAACAAACUAAACAUAUGAAAACGGAGAGAAGUCAUCUUGGAGUGAAGCUCAAUGAAUGUAAUCAGUGUUUUAAAGUCUUCAGCGCAAAAUCAAGCCUUACACAGCACAAAAGAAUUCACACUGGAGAAAAGCCCUAUGACUGUAACCAAUGUGGAAAAUCCUUCAGCAGUAGCUCUUACCUUACUGUUCAUAAGAGAAUACAUAAUGGGGAGAAACCCUAUGAAUGCAGUGACUGUGGGAAAGCCUUCAGUAAUUCCUCAUCCUUUAAAUCGCAUGUGAGAAUACACACUGGAGAAAAACCCUAUGAAUGUGAUGAGUGUUUUCGUGUCUUCCGCACUAGAUAUAGCCUCAAAAUGCACAAGAGAGUUCAUACUGGAGAGAAUCACUAUGAAUGUAAUCAGUGUGGAAAGACCUUCAGCACGUGCGCCUCCCUUACUGUGCACAAUAGAAUUCAUACAGGGAUAGGGAAUCAAGUUGAUAAACCCAGUUUGAUCUCCCAGUUGGAGCAAGAAGACCAAGUGAUGACAAAAAAGAGAAUUCUCCCAGGUUCCUAUCAAGAUGUGGAGACUGUACUUAAAGCCAAAGAGCUAAUUUCUAAGCAGCCUGUUUUUAAAAAACAAUCUAAACGUGUGAAAACGGUAAGAUCUACAUGGAUGAGUUCUGGUUUUCCACAAUGGAAGAAUUCUAUAAAUUAGAAGCACCACAAAAUAACCAGCAGGGUCAUUAAAGGAGAGAAGUCAUCUUGGAGUGAAGCUCAAUGAAUGUAAUCAGUGUUUUAAAGUCUUCAGCACAAAAUCGAACCUUACUCAGCACAAGAGAAUUCAUACCGG